AUGGGGACCGCAACGUUGGCUUCGCCGCUUGCGCGGCUCCACGCUACCGUGGCUCUGUCGUCUGGCUCCGAGAGACGAACGAUAAGCCUGUCAUCCGUCGCUUGCUCGUCGUCUCAGGCGACAUUCUUCAGCGGAAGCGGCGGGACGAGAAACGCCUUCCUGUCCGCCUCCGGUCGCGGGGCGGAAAGGCGGAGGGGGAAUGCGCUCGUGGUCCGCGCAGACGCGGACUACUAUUCGGUGCUGGGUGUAGAGAAGAACGCGGACAAGUCACAAAUAAAGAGCGCUUAUCGACGCCUGGCUCGCAAGUAUCAUCCGGACGUGAACAAGGCACCAGAGGCGGAGACCAAGUUCAAGGAAAUCAGUAACGCGUAUGAGGUGUUAUCAGACGAUGAGAAGCGCUCGCUGUACGACAGAUUCGGGGAGGCAGGUGUCAAGGGCGGCGCUGGCUCGGAGUUCAAUAACCCGUUUGACCUCUUUGAGACGUUCUUUGGAGGGCGAAUGGGAGGCAUGGGCGGCAUGGGCGGCAUGGGGGGAAUGGGAGCUCGGCGCACAGCCCCCGUGCAAGGGGACGAUGAGAGGUACGACCUGACAAUCGACUUCCUGGAAGCAGUCUUUGGCUCGGAGAAGCAGAUAGACGUGUCGCGCAUGGAGGCCUGCGGCACGUGCAAGGGCACGGGGGGCAAGCCCGGCACCACCCCCACCACCUGCUCCUCCUGCAACGGCCAGGGGCAGGUCGUAUCUGUGGCCAACACCCCGCUGGGCAUGUUCCAGCAGGUGACCACGUGCCCGCGGUGCGGCGGCAGUGGGGAGAUUUCGACCCCCUGCAACACGUGCAGCGGCAGCGCUCGCGUGCGCAAGUCCAAGCAGGUCACACUUAAGGUCGUGUCUGUGGCGGGCAUGUUCCAGCAGGUGACCACGUGCCCGCGGUGCGGGGGUAGUGGCGAGAUCUCCACUCCCUGCGGCACCUUCAACGUGCCAGCAGGGGUGGACAACGGCAGCAGGCUGAGAGUGCGAGGGGAGGGCAACAGUGGGUUGAAUGAUGCCAGUCGAACUUCUAAACCCUUUUUGUCUUAUUUCUUCUUUAUCUCCUCGUCCUUUCACACUCUCCAGGUGCCAGCAGGGGUGGACAACGGCAGCAGGCUGAGAGUGCGAGGGGAGGGCGACGCCGGCCUAAGAGGCGGGCCCCCCGGCGACCUCUACGUCUUCCUCUCCGUUCGCCCUGACCGCGAGCUCGAGCGCAAGGGAGCCGACAUUCUGCAAACCCUCAAAGUCUCGUACCUCGAAGCCAUUCUCGGCACCACCAAGCAAGUCCGAACAGUCGACGGGCCGGUUGAUUUGAAAAUCCCCGCAGGGACGCAGCCGGGGAGUACGCUGGUGAUGGCGAAGCGAGGGGUGCCGGUGCUUGGGAAACCGAACCUGCGCGGGGACCAUCUGGUGAAGGUUCAGGUGGAGAUUCCCAAGGCGCUGUCGGGAGAAGAGAGGAAGCUGGUCGAGCAGCUGGAGGAGCUGAGCAAAGCCAAGGCCGGGUCGCGGUGA